CGCGUCUGGUCCCCCACCCUUCUCACGACUCUACUCAUCCACUACCGCCGCGACCCCCCCUCCCCGGUGCCUUCCACAUGGCAUCCAGAAUACCGAUUCGACGCGCAGCGCGCACCCAAGGAGCCGAGAACGAAAACGCCGUGGGCACCGCAAAGCCCACCCACGGCCCCGCGCGCGCCAAGGUCCUCGGAAAGACCUCUGGCAGUACCACAGCAUCCCGCCCACACAAGUCCAGCCACGACACCACGGUGGCAGCGACCAAACCUGCCCGCGAACCGCGAGACGAUGACGCUUUGGCGAAGCGCAAGCGCGAGGCCUUGCGCGACAAGACCGAUGUCCGCAGCGCAAACAUGAAGGGGAAGGAGAAGGCGGACCGCAAGAUACUCGGGUUGCCGAAGAAGACCGCUGCGGCGGACACGGUGGCACCGGCUGCACGCGCACCGUUACGUGUCGUCAGCGCGGCAGGUGCUGCUCCGGCACGCGACUCGACAGCCGUCCCCGCCGCUGGGACGCGUAUCCGAGAAGAAACUGUGCUGCGCAAGGUCAGCAGGCGCCCGUCGUUGCUACCAGUGCCCCAGCAGGACAAGGAAUCCGAGCUGGAAGUGUUGGCAGACGAAGAGGACAAUGAAGCUGUAGAGCCUAGUCCUAAACGUCUCCGCACAUCCUCAGUUGCACCCGAGGACAUGCAAGCUGAGGAGCAGGUCGCUGCGGAGCUCGACGCUGUCACUGACGACGAGGAAGCCGACCCUGAUGGAGACCUUUGGGAGGACCUCGACGCCCAGGAUGCCGACGAUGUUCUUAUGGUCAGCGAGUAUGUGAUCGACAUUCAGCGUUAUUUGCGGGAUGUCGAGCUGAAAACGAUGGCAAAUCCUCGAUACAUGUCAGCUCAAGGAGACCUAACCUGGUCGAUGCGCGGAAUGCUCAACGAAUGGUUGAUGCAGGUCCAUCUUCGCUUCCGGCUUCUUCCAGAGACCCUUUUCCUAUGCUCCAAUCUCAUCGAUCGAUUCCUUUCCGCGCGGAUCGUGUCGCCCACCAAACUGCAGCUGGUCGGCAUGGGAUGUCUCUUGCUGGCCUGCAAGUUCGAGGAAACGGUGUCGCCGUCGAUCAGCAGCCUAGUCACCAUUUGCGAUAACGCGUUUGAUGCUGCAGCCAUGCGCCAGGCAGAGCAGCACAUCUUGCGCACACUCGACUGGGACCUGAGCUACCCCAGCCCGAUGCAUUUCCUGCGCCGGAUUAGCAAAGCGGACGGCUACAAUGCGACGACGCGUACCCUCGCCAAAUAUCUGGCCGAGAUCUCGUGCAUCGACCAUCGCCUGAUCUCCGUCCCGCCAUCGAUGUUGGCCGCUGCUGCCAUGUGGCUGGCACGCCUCUCGCUGGGCGAGGACUCCUGGACCCCGACACUCGCUCACUUCGCUAUGUACCGCGAGAGCGAGAUUAUUCCCGUCGCGAAUGUCAUGAUCCGCUAUGUUUUGCAGCCGAUCAAGCACAUGGAAUUCUACAAGAAAUAUGCGGGCAAGAAAAAUAUGAAGGUCAGCGUCUAUGUGCGCCAGUGGGCCAUCGGUCAGUGGGGCGAGGGCACCCGCAUUGAUCUGCAGGAAGAGCUUCCCGCGCUCAAACGCAGCCUUCGUACUGGACAUGCGGUGCAGGUCUUGGCCGAGCCUGAUGAGAAUGACGCUACUGCUGCAGAGCAUGUCCUCGACGAGGAGGAAGCGGAAGCCUAAUGAUAGGUCCGAUCUUACCUUACAUUGCUACCUCUGCUGGAUUUACGGGCUUCUGGGCGCAAAAGCUGUAACUUAUUGCCUGCUUC